CCGCCCGCCCGCCCGCCGCGACGCCAUUAGCAGAGCCAGAGCAGUGGGGGAGAAGGUUCUAGAGGAAGAGGAAGAGGAAGAUGAAGGUGAUCGAGAAGAUCCAGGAGGCGGCGGCGAAUGGCCGGACCGUCUUCUCCUUCGAGUACUUCCCGCCCAAGACGGAGGAGGGCGUGGAGAACCUCUUCGAGCGGAUGGACCGCAUGGUGGCGCACGGCCCCAACUUCUGCGACAUCACCUGGGGCGCCGGCGGAUCCACCGCCGACGUCACCCUCGACAUCGCCAACCGCAUGCAGAACAUGGUAUGUGUGGAAACGAUGAUGCACUUGACAUGCACCAACAUGCCAGUGGAGAAGAUCGAUAAUGCUUUGGAUACCAUCAAGUCCAAUGGGAUUCAAAAUGUUCUGGCACUUCGAGGAGAUCCUCCACAUGGCCAGGACAAAUUUGUUCAAGUUGCUGGUGGAUUUUCUUGUGCUCUAGAUCUGGUGGAGCACAUUAAAGCCAAGUAUGGUGAUUACUUUGGCAUAACUGUCGCUGGCUAUCCAGAGGCACACCCUGAGGUAAUACUAGGCGAGGAAGGUGCUACGGAGGAAGCAUAUAGCAAAGAUCUUGCUUACUUGAAGAGAAAGGUUGAUGCUGGUGCUGACGUUAUAGUCACCCAGCUUUUCUAUGAUACCGAUAUCUUUCUCAAGUUUGUGAACGACUGCCGUCAGAUUGGUAUAACCUGCCCUAUCGUUCCUGGCAUAAUGCCAAUAAAUAACUACAAAGGAUUUGUGCGCAUGACUGGAUUCUGCAAAACUAAGAUUCCAGCUGAGAUUACUGCUGCCUUGGAUCCUAUUAAAGACAAUGAGGAGGCUGUGAAAGCAUAUGGAAUCCACCUUGGUACUGAGAUGUGCAAGAAAAUUUUGGCUAGUGGGAUCAAGACUUUGCACCUGUACACACUAAACAUGGAGAAGACUGCUUUAGCAAUUCUGAUGAAUCUUGGCUUAAUAGAGGAGUCCAAGCUUUCAAGAACAUUACCUUGGAGGCCACCAACUAAUGUUUUCCGUGUCAAAGAGGAUGUUCGCCCUAUAUUCUGGGCCAACAGACCAAAGAGUUACAUUUCAAGGACCACUGGUUGGGAUCAAUACCCACAUGGACGGUGGGGUGAUUCCAGGAACCCAUCAUACGGUGCACUUAAUGAUCACCAGUUCACACGGCCACGUGGACGUGGUAAGAAGCUCCAAGAGGAAUGGGCUGUUCCACUGAAAUCUGUGCAAGACAUUAAUGAGCGGUUCGUGAACUUCUGUGAAGGAAAACUUAAAAGCAGCCCAUGGUCUGAGUUAGAUGGUCUUCAACCCGAGACGACGAUAAUUGACGAUCAGCUGGUGAAGAUUAACUCAAAGGGUUUCCUUACCAUCAACAGCCAACCUGCUGUAAAUGCAGAGAAAUCUGAGUCUCCUAGUGUUGGAUGGGGCGGCCCAGGAGGCUAUGUUUACCAGAAGGCCUACGUCGAAUUCUUCUGCGCUAAGGAGAAGCUGGGCCAACUCAUCGAGAAGAGCAAGGCAUUCCCUUCCCUCACGUACAUCGCCGUGAACAAGGAAGGGGAAUCGAUCUCAAACAUCCCUGCGAACGCCGUGAAUGCUGUCACAUGGGGUGUGUUCCCCGGCAAGGAGAUCAUCCAGCCUACCGUCGUUGACUCAGCGAGCUUCAUGGUCUGGAAAGAUGAAGCGUUUGAGAUCUGGUCCAGGGGAUGGGCCUGCCUGUUCCCAGAGGGCGACUCGUCCAGGGAGUUGCUAGAGCAGAUUCAGAAGAGCUAUUACUUGGUCAGCCUCGUGGACAAUGACUACAUCAGCGGGGACCUCUUUGCUGCAUUCAAGGAGAUCUAAUUUCGAUGAGACCUUACAGUAUGCUGCGUUUGACCGCCCUUCGCUAGAGUCCUGUAAUAUGAUUUGUCGUGAUUUCUGUCGAUUUAUCCAAACCACUCUAUGAAUAAGAAUUUUCUAUCUGUGUUCCUUCGUGUGCAGUCUCUCCACUUGUCUAGCUUAUUUGUUACCUAGGUUUAUUUUACCCAAUGAUGAGUUGAAGCCUUUUUAAUGUAUAUACGUGGUAAUACAGUUUACUGCCACGACAGAA